UCCCCCCCCCCCUUCCCGGGCGCAUGCGCGCGCGGCCAGACGGAGGAGGGGCAGCAGCAGCAGCAGCAGCAGGAGGAGGAGGAGGAGGAGGAGGAGGAGGAGGGUUCGGACGGGGACUGGGCCCGGGGCGUCGGCCAUGGAGAACUACCAGAAGGCGCGGACGGUGGAGCAGCCGUGGCCGCCGGCGUUCCCCGGCCUGCCGCCCGGCACGGUGCAGAUGCGGGUGAAGGACGGCAGCAAGAUCCGCAACCUGAUGGGCUACGCGCUGGGCCGCCUGGAGGCGGGCGGGGCGCGGGCCGUGCUGUUCAGCGGCAGCGGGCGGGCCGUGGGCAAGACGGUGACGUGCGUGGAGAUCGCCAAGCGCCGGGUGCGGGGCCUCCACCAGCUCACCCGCCUGCUCUUCCGCCAGACCGAGGAGGCCUGGGAGCCCCGGCGCCCCGACGCCGGCCUCGACCGCCUCACCGUGCGCAGGAACCUGCCCGCCAUCUGCGUCCUGCUCAGCAAGGACCCGCUCGACGCCCGCCAGGACGGCUACCAGCCCCCCGACCCCCGCCCGCCCCCUGACACCCCCGACCCGAGCCCGCCUGCGGACACGCCGGCCCCCCUCGGCCCCCUCGGCCCUCCCCUAUCCGUCGGGGCGGGGGCGUCACCCCGGACCGGAGAGGGUCGGAGAGCCGCUGCGGAAAGGACGGGCCUCGCCGCCCUGCCCCUCCGUCGGGGCCCGGGCCGCACCCCGUCCUGAAGAUGGCCCGAGCCCCGGUCGGCCGAGACCCUCCGGCCCGGGGACGGGCCACCGGGGACCCGCCGCCGCCGCCGCCGCCGCCGCCGCCUUCCGUCUGCGUGCCCGCUCCCCCGUGGGACCCGCUCGGAGACGAGCAGGGGGACGCCGCGCCCGGACGCCCCAUCCCGGUCCGUCCCUCCCGCGCGCCCUCGGUUUGGCCGGCCGCCGAGCGGGCGGCCGGGCCCCUGGGGUGUCCGAGGCCCGAGGUCGCCCCCGAAGAACAGACAGCCCCAGACCUCGACGACGGCGGGUCGCGUGGCUCUCCCCUCCCGGCCCCCCCUCCGCAGACCUGCGCCUCGGCCUGGCCGGGACGAUCCGCCGGCGGCCCCCGGCCCGUCCCCCGGCAGCCGUCUCGCGGCCUCGCCCGUUUGGUGCGGCCGCAAGGCGCCUCGUGCUCAUCCGUUGGUCCGUUCCUUCGACCGAGCGCUCCCCGGGUGCGGAGCGCAGGACUGGGCGCUUGGGAGAGUCCGCCCGGGCGGCGGGGGGGAGCCGACCCCCUACCCCGCAACGGGCUCGCCGCCUAGAACCGGGGGGGAGACGCACAACACGACGGUGCCCGCGCUGGAUGUAAAUGGGCCGUGGAAGGGGAGCCGAGGCCGAGGGAAGCUGCCGCCUCUGAGAUGAGUCGGGAUACGAUUUGGUGACUAUCAGUUACCGCUAGCAAUUAUCGUCAUCUUCGGAGGCAGAGGCGGUUCGGUCCCGGCCCCGCUCCUCUCUCCGCUCUCCACCUACCCCCCGGGGGUCCCCCCUCACUUCCGCGACUGUCUUUCUGCCGACGGCUCCCAAAUAAAAACGGCGAUAGCGGAGAA